AUGAAAUUCAAUCAAACUAUUAUCAAUUCCCUUCUUUUUCUAGUAUUCACUUUGACUGCUGCCGCCGAUGGAGCAGCUCGAUUUAUUACAAAAGAUGGUGUCGUCUACAGUUAUGCUGUUCAUACUAAAACAUUACAACCUGCAAGAGUUAUUGUGUCCACACGCUAUUACACAAAAACGCACGUGAGAGAGAUUACUCUUGCUAACAACGAGAUUGCCACGACCACUGAAAAAACGGCUGUCGCAUCAACGAUCACCAGUUCAAUCCAAGGGACAGGUGGAUCUUCUGCCACAGGCACUAUCGAAACUAUGUCUACUCCAGCUACCAGUGCUCCAACUGUUUCGACGACCGAGUCCACAUCGGACUCGGUCGAACAAACUUCAUCCACAACCACGAGCACUCCGGAAACAAACGUUCAGUCUACAAGUAGAAGCGUUUUGUAUCAAACUUUACGUCCGCCAGUGUCUUCCAGCAAUGCUCCCGCACAAACGGGCAUGUCGAGAUCGACUUCUACUCUGUCUAACGUGAAACCCAAAACGACCUCGAUUCCCACUAAGUCUGCGCUACAAUCGGCUACCCACACGACUGCUGCGCCGGUUUCAACGUACAAUGACAAUGGAACGUGUUACGUCUACUACGAGGACGACGUCAGCGACUCGGACUACUACAGCACCGCGUACAUCACUGACCCAAGCCAGAGCGUAGACGCUGCUACUACAAUUACCAGCACGAGGACGAGAACGGUGUACAAGACGCUGUGA